UUUCUGUAACGGAUAUCAGAGUUUGGGAAUAAAGCAGACUUUCAGUUAUUUGGAUCUCGAUUUCUGUUGAUGCUUGAAUUGAUCUCCCCGCCUGCACAUGGCUCGUAGUUAUUGGAUUGCGGCUGAAUUGGGCAAAAAUGCGGCGAACCUGAGCUACUCCGAAUAUCACCCAUUAGCUUGGCAGAAUAUGCGCGUUUACCGGGGCUUGUUUGCGUGACGACGAUGGGAGGGGAACAAUCGUACUUCCGGCAGCACUGUGCCUUUCCAACCUUUUCGGGUCGUCGCGCUGUUCUGCGAUCCAAGCAGUAAACAUUACAAAUAUCCGUUAUAUGACACAGUACCAGACGUCUUUGUUACCCUCAAUGUGGGUACGGGAAAUCUGUGUGUCUGACUAUGGCAAGAAGAGCAGUUAGCAGGAAGAGGAAAGCCGGGGAGCCCAAAGAACAACAACAGCCGGGCUGCUGCCCCUCUUCCAGCAAGCGUGUCCGUGUAUCUGCAUCGUCGCCCUCGUCAUCCUCCACAUUCGGCUGGCGCCCCUGGAGCGAGCGGAGCUCUGUGGUGCGUGUGCUUCUGGGCCGCGGGACGCGUGCACACAGACAGCAGCAUGAGCGUCUCCUGGAGCGCAGCCUGCGUGGCGUCGUCGCUGGCCGGCUGCCUGGGAUCCUGCGUGAGCAGGAGUUUUCCCUCGGACACCUCAACAAAGUGUUCGCCUCCCAGUGGCUCAAUCAUAGGCAGGUGGUGUGUGGAACCAAGUGCAACACGCUCUUCGUUGUGGAUGUUCAGACGGGGCAGAUCACCCGGAUUCCCAUGCUGAAGGACAGGCAGGCCCAUGCUGCAGGGGGUGGAGCAGGCCUGCCCGUUUAUGACGUAGCUCCCAUGUCGGGCUCUGCACCGGCUCUAGAUCAGCAGAGCUGUGGCAUUCAUGCCAUUGAAGUAAAUCCCUCGGGCACCCUGCUGGCUACAGGUGGAGACAACCCCAACAGCCUGGCUGUGUACCGCUUGCCUACCUUGGACCCUGUCUGUGUGGGAGAUGAUGGGCACAAUGACUGGAUCUUCUCCAUUGCUUGGAUAAGUGAUACUUUAGCUGUUUCAGGCUCCCGAGAUGGAUCCAUGGGUUUGUGGGAGGUGUCUGAGGAGGUGGUCAGCCGGGCGGAGAGGAGGCAGGAAGCAGAAGGAAUCCCAGGUUAUGUGCACAUCUGCCACCGUGCCCUAGAGGACAUCCCCAAAGAAUACACUAACCCAUACAACUGCAAAGUCAGAGCACUGGCUUUCAACAGUAACCGCAAGGAGCUGGGUGCCGUGUCUCUGGAUGGCUACUUCCACUUGUGGAAAGCAGAACACAGUUUGUACAAGCUGCUGUCAACUAAGCUGCCCCAGUGCAAAGAGAACGUGUGCCUAGCAUACGGGCAGGAAUGGUCGCUGUACGCUGUGGGCUCCCAAGCUCACGUGUCCUUCCUCGAUCCCCGGCAGCCGCCUCACAACGUGAAGUCCGUCAGCUCACGGGAACGUGACAGCGGCACCCGGUCGGUCAGCUUCUAUGAGCACAUAGUGACUGUGGGAACCGGCCAUGGCUUCCUGUUGUUCUUCGAUAUCCGGGCCCAGAGGUUCCUGGAGGACCCGUCCAGCUCGGGCUGUGGAUACCGACAGUGUCCAGGGGAGGGAAUCCUUAGGCUUACUACUGGCAAGGGCUGGCUGAAUCAUGAUGACACAUGGAGAAGCUACUUCUCUGACAUCAGCUCCUUCCCCAAUGCGGUGUACACACAUUGCUAUGACUCGUCGGGCACCAAGCUCUUUGUGGCAGGGGGGCCACUGUGCUCAGGCCUAUAUGGGAACUAUGCUGGACUGUGGAGCUAGAAGGCAGGGGAGUGCCGCCCUCUCCCAAAUCCCCAAACAAAAAACAAAAGCUGCACUUUUCCAGUGCAGUGACUGCAAGUGGAGCAUCCACCAAUAUCCAUCAAGUGACCUCCCCGACCUUGAAGGAAAAUGGGGGGAGCUAUCACCACAUCUGAUUAGAUCAUGGGAUCUCUGAUCUCUUCCACACCUAGUUUGCUUAUUUAUUUUAAACCCUCUUCCCUCCCUUUGUCCUCUGCCAAAGGUUCGUGUCUCACCAAAAUAGCUAUACAUACGUUUUAUUUUUAAUAGAAAAACAGCAUAUAAUGUAUUUGAGUGUUUUAUUUUGCGGACAGGGCUGUGAUGAAGGAGGAACAGUGACAGACGGCAGACUAAAACAGCACGUUUUCUAGAUUGAUAUUGCCAGGCACUGCCAUCUUCUUUUGUGUAGUAAGGUCUUUGUAAACCUGCUUGGUUUGCCUAUAUAGAUGAAAUGUAUGUAUGUGUUUCAUUUCUUCAUCUUUGACGAACAGCAUUAGCUUUACUAAGGUACCUUAAGAAGCAAACCUAUGUAACUCAUGCCCUACCAGCGAGGAGGACUCUGGGUGGGGGUCAAAAUGAAGUGUUAAAUAAAUUUCUAGAUGUGAAAGGAAUUUCAUGAAUAAUGUUGCUCUUAAUGUUAAUUGUGGUAGGAAUCUAUGCCAUUUUUAAAAACACUUCUGUGUUUGUGUUUGGCAUCUGAAUCAUGUUCAGUCUUAGACAGUUUUAUAUGAUUCAUAGUAUAGGGAUAUAAACUACUCUAUACUUUGUAUGUAUCCCUAAGGGAAAAUUCAAAUAUACACUAGUACAGAUAGAGGGACCUUAGCUUCUGAUGUAAAUAUCAUUUAGGAAUAUUUUUGAAGUCAUUCAUUGGCAACCAGAAUAUGCACAUUAGGUGUUGAUACUGAGAUCAGAAAAAAAGCCAAUUUGACGUGGUAAACUUUCAUUUGGGUAUUUUUGCAAUUAUUGUGGAUAGAAAAUAACUUAAAGUUUGGGUGUAAUUGACCUUUGAUGUCUGACACAACUUACAGUUAGAAAGUGUUUCUCACAUGUCAUAUCAGCUUUUUACUUAUUCUUAUGUGCAAUUUAACAUCAAUAAAUCAUUAUUCAUAGUA